AAACGUCCUAAAACAAGCAUAAACGGAGAUAAGAUUAUUUUUUUCUAGAUAAUGAAAUAAUUAUUUUAUAUUUUAGAUUAUUAUAAUGAUUAUAAUCUGAAUUGGAACCCGGAUGGAAACAUUGGUUUGUUGCUAAGAGUCCGUGCGCUCCGGAAGAGUCUAUUUAUUUAAGAAUAGGGUGGAUAUAUUAUCCGUCCAGUAAAACUAAAAGACUAAAACAUGUUGCCAUGACUACACUACAAAUAAAUAAUUAUGUAGAAACAUCUGUUACCUAUAUGAAAUUUAAGAGAUGUUGCUAAAUUGUACUAUAAUAUUAGUAUUGUCAGAUGUACAGUAUAUAUUCCCCAUUUGAGGAAUGGUCCGGUCCAACUUCAUCGUACACUUGCAUUAACAGUGCAACAUACAGGACAGAUACAGUGCUUCAUUCAUAGUCAAAUCUUUAUCUACUUUGUGAAAAUUAAAGGAAAACACACGAUUGUCAACAAUAAGUCUUAUUCACCAAAAAGCGAGGGCAGCGACCAGCACGCGACAGAGAUUGGAGCUUGUGUUUAGACACCUUGUCCAUCCGUGGCUCUGCGGAGAAGUCUUGACCUCUUUCCUUCAAGAUUUACGGUCUACAGCCGCCCUUUGUACCAUAUUCUGCCUCGUGAUCUUUGGUGGACAGAUGAUCUUGCCACCUCCUGAGACUGUUUUCACAAAGACAGCGAGGAAGAAGUAGAUUGGUGCCAAACUGUGCCUCAGAAAUCUUUAGUUAGAUAUGCCCUCACCCCCCAAUGAUGGAGACGACCAAGGAACGUCCCCCGUGAACAUGGCACCUGUGCUGUCCAAUCAGAAUGGCGUGAAGAGGAAAGUCCACACCAAGAAAAAGAAGAAGGGCUUUAUCACGGCUAACGUCGCGGGAACUAAAUAUGAAAUCGUUCGUAUUGUAAUAGACGAGGUGACUUUUCAUAAAGUCAGAGACGAUGAUGAGACGGCCAAUCUAAUCUGGAACGACUCCUCCGUGCAGCACGAGAAAAUAGCUGAGCUCAGGAACUACCAGAGGAUAAACCAUUUCCCAGGAAUGGGUGAGAUCUGUCGGAAAGACUGUUUGGCGAGGAACAUGGCCAAAAUGAUUAAAAGUCAGCCUCAGGAAUACAGCUUCAUCCCCAAAACCUGGAUCUUCCCAGCUGAGUGCACUCAGUUCCAAAACUACGUCAAGGAGUUGAAACGGAAACGAAAGCAGAAAACAUUUAUCGUAAAGCCUGCGAAUGGAGCCAUGGGUCAUGGGAUAUCUCUGAUUCGGAACUACGAGAAGCUUCCGAUGCAGGAUCACUUCAUUGUGCAGGAAUAUUUAGACAAGCCCUUUCUCAUGGAGGGCUACAAGUUUGACUUGAGAUUCUACAUUCUCGUCACUUCCUGUGACCCUCUGCGUGUCUUCCUUUACAAUGACGGCCUGGUACGGAUGGGUACGGAGAAGUAUCACACGCCCAAUGAGUCGAACCUGAGCCAGCUCUACAUGCACUUGACCAACUACUCGGUCAACAAACACAACGAAAACUUUGAGCGGGACGAAACGGUGGACAAAGGCAGUAAGAGGUCCAUCGGCUGGUUCACCGAGUUCCUCCGAACCAACGAUUAUGACGUGGCCAAAUUCUGGGGAGACGUAUCGGAACUGGUGGUAAAGACCCUGAUAGUGGCCGAGCCACAUGUGCUCCACGCCUACCGCAUGUGCCGCCCCGGCCAGCCACCAGGGAGCGCCAGUGUCUGCUUUGAGUUGCUGGGUUUUGACAUCAUCCUUGACCGCAAGCUGAAACCGUGGCUGCUGGAGAUCAACCGUGCUCCAAGUUUUGGGACCGAUCAAAAGAUCGAUUACGAUGUGAAGAAGGGGGUUUUGCAGAACGCCCUGAAACUGCUCAACAUCAGAGCGAGUGAUAAACGCAGAAAUCUGGCCCAGCAGAAGGCAGAAGCCCAACGGCGGCUGUACGGUCAGGGAUCUAUGCGUAAACUGACGGCCGAAUCAUCUGAAUGGGAGAAACAGCGUCACAUACUGGAGCGCAGGAGAGAGGAACUGAAAGAAAGACUGGCUCAAGUCCGCAAGCAGGUCUCCAGGGACGAGCACGAAAAGCGACACCUGGGGAACUACAGACGUAUUUACCCCCCUGAUGACAAGCUGCUCCUGGAGAAAUAUGAGAGUCUUCUUUCGGUUGCCUUUCAGACAUUUCUCGCCGGGCGAGCAGCUUCACUUCAAAAGGAAAUGAAUAAUCCGCUGAAACGAAUGAAGGAGGAAGAUAUCCUAGACCUGUUGGAACAGUGUGAAUUGGAUGAUGAGAAACUGAUGGGAAAAACCUCCAAACAGAAAGGACCAAAGGUCCUGUCAUCCAUGCCUGAAAGCAGCCCGUCACCCAGAGGGCACAGAGACCCUGAGGAUACCACGGGCAGCGGCAGCGACAGCAGCUCUGGCUCUGAUGCUGAUGGUGAAGAUGAAAGCAGCAGCAUUACGCAGGAGAAACUCAACAGCUCCGAACGCUCCAGUCGUGUUCAUUGGAAACCCGUCCCUAAACCGCUGCGGGGUCCUUCCUCCUCACCCAACCUUUCCGGACUCAUCCGCCGUUCCAUGUCCUGUCCGCGCUCCAUAUCCUCUCUUACUGCGCAAUCACCCACCAACGAGACCAGACGGCCAAAAACAGCUACUCAGAUGGCUAAUGCCCCAACUGCAGCCUCUCAAACAGCACCCACUAUGACGAUGACCCCAUUGAGAGCACACACAGCAUCUCGUUCCCAGUCGCUCAGUCGCAACAGUUCUGCAAACAGAGUUCCACAUAGCAGCAGUUUGGGUGCCAUUCACCCCAACACGGGGGAGACCCCGCUGAGUAAAGAGCGGGAAGCGGAGCUGAUGCAGCAGACCCUGGCGGCGCUCGGAGAGAUGAGGAUUCGUUACCCGGGGAAGAGCGAAGAGGAGGCAGAGGCCGUGCUGGACGAGAUACUGAACAACUGGAAGUUCCAUAAACCAAAAGUGGCGUCUUACUGGCUGGUGAAGUUAGACGCCACCAAACAGAGAAAGGUUUUGGACAUCGUUCGUACCAACAUCCGGCAGGUUCUGCAGAGGAUCUGGAGCGAACCGGACGUGGACAGCCUUCGACUUAAUCGCCUUCUCAACCGCGUCUUCAGCCGUCUACUCUGGAGCCAUGGUCAGGGUCUGUGGAACUGCCUCUCCAGCUCUGGCAGGUCAUCGUGGGAGAGCGUGUUCAAUAAGAGCAGCGAGGUGCUGACCACUCUGGAGCUCAGGUGCUGCCAGCGCGUCGUACAGCUGUGCAGAGACUGUCUGCUUGUGGUCUACAAGUUUGUGGCCGACUCCCGCAGUUCUCUCAGCGGACUCGGUCCAGACUGGGAUGACACAAGGUACCUGCUGCCAGUCACCUCCCAGUUUAUCAUCAAGUGCCCGUCUUCGAGUUUUGGCCGCUCAUCGUCCUCGUCACGUGCACGAGGCGUCUUUACCACGCGAAUGGGACACUUUUGAUGCCAACUGGACUCCACAUACAGUAUGCUGGGUAGAAGACAUCUAGACCUCUCUUAGAAAGGCAUUACGCCUGGGACCUCUUCAAACUCCUCGCCUGCGUUGUUUAUGCGUCGGAUGCAGAUGAUCUCAUUCGCUGUAAAAUACCUGCUGCACUGCUGUCUCCCUUCGGAUGCUUUUAAAGAUGAUGAACAUUAUGGAUUUAAUUUCGAUACUGUACAGUUAUGCAUUACAGUGAAUGUUACGGCCUUAUCGAUUUGACAAAGGUCAUGUUUAUGUUUUCAGUCCAUCAUGUUAUAUUAAUGCUGUUUUACUAAAUUAUUUUAUCAUUUAAUGCACAACAUGUCACUUUUUUAAUAUUCGCUUGAUAUUUUAGUUUAGUUCUUCCCAAAGUCAAAAUCACAAAAGUUCACACAGGACGCAUCCUGGCGUUUAAAAUUUUUUUUUUUUAUUAAUUGUUCUUAAAACAGUGUUUCCAAAAGAUUAUAUUUUUCACUCCAACAGCAAAAAUAAACUCUAAUAAAAUAUAUUGUAAACUGAAAAAAAUUAUUAAUUGAAUUUAAUCAUUUUUUUAAGGUAAGUGGUUGCAAUCAAUUUAUUUAGGCUACAUUUAAACAAGUUUUAUAUUUUAUUUUACUUUACUAAUCUUUACUAAUCUAGCUUAAAUAAAUUGAUUGCCACAACUUACCUUAAAAAAUUGAGUAAAUUCAAUGAAUAAUUUUUUUUUCAGUGUAAUAGUAAUUUAUUACAUUUGAAUAAUAAAAGUAAUAUUACAAUAAAAGUGUGAAACUGUAUUGUACACAUAUGAACGAUACAGUAAGGGGUUGUGCACACCAAAACUUUUAAACACGUUUUGAAAACGCCUGGACAACGCCGAAUGUGUGUGCCUGCUUUCUUCCACUGUGAUUGGACGGCCGUGUGAGAACUGACAUUGACGAGCGAACUUUCAUCCAAAGUUGAAUAUUUUUCAACUCUCGGCGCUCAGCGCAGAAAAACCGCCGAGCGUCGGUUUUCAGCGCAGAAGAAAACCGCUAGCUGCUGGCUUAUUUGAAAAAUGCCGCGCUUCCAUUGGAAACAAUUAAAAACAUGCGCCGACCGCGGGCGUAAAAGCGUUGUUGUGCACGCCCCCUAAGUUUGUUUCAUGAAUAUUACAAACCAGUGCUUCUUCUUGACUAGUUAGCAAAUGAGUCCAGAGACCAACAAUAAAAAAAUGGCGCAAGCAGAUGCCUUAACGCCUCCUGUGUGAAAGCCGAAGAAUGGUGCAGAAAUGGUCAAGUUUAGAAGUUUCAUGCUAUAAGCCAAGUUUUGGUUAAAUCUAGGGGGUUGUGGGUAGUAUAGAGUUAGAAAAAAAAUGCGUACUAUUUGAAUGCUUUAUGAAUGCUUUGUUAAACUAGACUAGUUGCCUGUUUUUAACUUACAGCCGAGAUCACCUUUCAACUUAAAGGACGUAAAUCUCCUUUGCAUAACUAUGUGAGCCAUAUUGUGUAGAUGCAAAUAUUAACCUCAACGUCGGACCUGUCUGAUGUGUGUCCUUGUGGAGACUAUGAACGGGACCUUCAGUACUGCUUUCGGUAGUGUGUACAACAAACUGUCCGUGAGCUCGAAAACUUGGAUGGCUGCAUCUUGAAAAUACUUGAAUUAAUUUAUGCUAUUUAUUUUAUUAAAAAUGUCUGCGUUUACAUUAUUAUAUCUAAUUUUUUUAAGUUUUAAGUUUUGUUAACUGAUUUAACUAUGGCAUUACCGUUGUAUCAGUGAUUUUAUGAAUGAGAUAACCUUUUAUGAAAGUACUGUAAUAGGCGCUAAUUGCAGAGCUUUGCUUUGGACGUAAUUAGGAUAAAUGUUUAUGUAAUGUUUGAGUAAAAGUGACUUGGAUGUGCCAGCUCAAACCAUGCUGUGCCAACACUACUCACACAACCAGCAGUUUGUGUUAACUAGGAGGGCAAUUGAGAAGGAUGGUCCGCAAUAUUUAUGAUUCAGUACGUUCGUGGAAAUCCCUUUUUAAAAUGGGUAUUUCUUGGCUGCUGGGUUGUCUUUUGGUUAGUAAGGAAAUUACAUUCAGUGUUCUGAGAGCCAACUUUUCAAGUCCGUCUUAUAAUGAUCAUUAAAUGGGCCAUUUCAUCCAAGUUACCAUUAUGCCACAAUGCCAAAUAUCAUUUUUGCCUAGAUUUUCAUUCAGGAUAAUGGGUUUAAUAGCAAUAAACGGCUUACAACAUC